AUGACUACCUUUAAAAAACUUGUUGGGAUUGUUUUGAUCAUGGUAAUUCGUCUCUUCACUUUAUCUGACGCGAUGCCCUCUCCACAGCCUCCAUAUAGCGGCGUCGGCGUCGUUGCAAACGGCAACAAACCCACAGGUGGCAUCUACAGCCGUUACUGUCAAUAUACAUGUUAUUUACCCAAGAAAGGUGGUGGUGUAUAUGUAUCUUGUAAGGAGUGUUGGUGUCCUAAUGAUUAUAG